AUGGCCAAGACUAAUAUUGAGCGCAGAGAUGCUAUCUUCGAAGCCUCUGAAUACUUGGCAGAUAAGCUGGCAUAUUUCACCAUAAUUGAUAGCGACCGUCGAUACACAAAGGGUGCGGGGGACAAGCAGCUCGAGGAUGCUCUUGUGGGUAUCUACAGAGCAGUACUUGAAUACGUGGCGGAAGUGAGGAAGACACACAGCGAAAGUGUUGGGUAA